UCUUUUCCAACCUAGGUGUUUGUGAUUCUGUAAAAAUAAGCCAAAAGACAACAUUUGAAAUCAAGCUGCUGCCAACACGAACAAUACCAGAGCACAUCACACGGCGCCGUAGCCCACCCCGCCCUCUGCCACUGAACACGCCUAAAGCAGGCCCGGAGCUCAGCACGCCGCUGCUCGCGCCAGCCACCGAACUCUCACGAGAGCUGGGAACGUUACCAUGGUAGCGGGGAGCCAGGGAGGCCCGUGCGGCGCGGCCUCGCUUGCCGCUACAUCCGCCCCGGGCCGGGCGCCGGCGUAGCGCCGUCACGGUCCCGCCCCGGCCUCCUGCCCGCAGGGGGCGCUCGGCUCGAGAAGGUGGCGGAAGCGCGUCGUGGGGCGGCCGCGGGGCGCAGCUUGGUGGGCAGGAAGGUGGUGCCUGCUUAGCCGGGGCAUGUCAGCGUGCCUGGAGAGCGAGGAUGAAGACUCCCAUAACUCCCGUGAGGCAGAAGACAGUCAGCAGCGCACAGUUCAUGCAGAUUCUGUCUGUGCUGAUAUUCUUCCAAGGGCAAAACAGUUACCAUUUGACUCAGAGGUGGUGGUGCCCCAUUUGCAGGAGCUGCAGAAUCCAUGUGACUUACCACCUCCGGGUCAGUUUUCCCAGGUGCAUUGGCCAAACCAGUGUGAAGUCAGCAGGGACAGAAUUGAGCACAUUGACUGGAUACCCAGUAGUCCUGAGCCGUUGUACAUUCCAACAGGUUUGGAGAUCACACCAUCCUACCAACCUCCUCACAAGGGCACUGUGAUUUAUCUAGGAGAAGGUCUCUGCCCUGUGAAACAGAUCUUCCAUCAGAAAGUGGACAAUACUCUCAUCUUUGAAGCACGAUUUGAGAGUGGUAAUUUGCAGAAGGUGGUUAAAAUCAGAAAUGAAUUUGAAUACCAGCUGACACUGCGAACUGACCUCUACACAAGCAGGCACGUGCAGUGGUUUUACUUCCAAGUAAGCAAUACUCAGGCAGGGAUGCCUUAUCGCUUCACCAUUGUCAACUUCACCAAGCGUAAAAGCCUGUAUAGACAUGGUUUGCGGCCGCUGUUGUACUCAGAAGUUGAUGCUAAGGAACACAACAUUGGCUGGCGAAGGGCAGGAAAUGAAAUCAAGUAUUACAAAACCAAUGUGAGUGAAGGUGGACGUCAGUAUUUCUCACUCACGUGGACAUUUCAGUUUCCUCAUGACAGAGACACUUGCUAUUUUGCCCACUGCUAUCCUUAUACCUACUCCAACCUGCAGAAGUAUCUGGUGGCCGUCUCUAAAGAUCCAGUGAAGUCCAAGUUCUGCAAGAUUCACAUCUUGUGCCAUUCCUUGGCAGGAAAUAUAGUACACGUCUUAACUAUCACCAACCCCCCUGAAAGUGGCAAGGACACAAAGAGAAAAGCUGUGAUUCUAACUGCUAGAGUGCAUCCUGGAGAAACCAACAGCUCCUGGAUAAUGAAGGGCAUUCUGGAUUACAUUCUUGGUAAUUCAAGCAAAGCUCAUCAGCUCCGGGACACUUUUGUCUUCAAAGUGGUACCAAUGUUGAAUCCAGAUGGUGUGAUUGUGGGAAAUCAUCGCUGCUCUUUAACAGGUCAUGACUUGAAUCGCAAAUACAAAUCUAAAGUGAAGAAGUGUUAUCCCUCAAUCUGGUAUACCCGAAACAUGAUCAGAAGAGUGAUGGAGAAGCGUGACAUUUUUCUGUAUUGUGACAUCCAUGGUCACAACAGAAAACAAAAUGCUUUCAUGUAUGGUUGUGAGAGAGAGCAGGAACCAAAAGCACCACACUUGCGUCCACGUGCCUUUCCACUCUUGCUGAGCAAGAAUUGCCCAGAUAAGUUUUCAUUCCCAGACUGCCAUUUCAGAGUACGAAAGAGCAAAGAAAGCACAGGUCGAGUUGUAAUGUGGAAGAUGGGCAUCAACAACAGCUACACUUUGGAAGCCUCUGUUUGUGGCUCUAAGCUGGGCUGGAGACAAAGCACCCAUUUUGAUAUCAAAGACUUUGAGUCAAUAGGACAGCAUUUCUGUGACGCUCUCUUGAACUACUCUGUUGAUAAUAAGGAGGAACAUGAGCAAGUAGUGACACAGCAAGCUAAGGUGAGCUCCGAAGUCCUGAAUUCUGAUGCAUUAGACUGGGAUUCCAGCAGCCGAUCUUCUGACAGCUCAGACUCCUGUGAUGUUGCUGCACACCGGCUAAAGCUAGGUACUAAGAAAAAAACAAACCAUCGGGAGAUCCCUUUAACAGCACUGCUAAGGACAGAACUCAUGAAAGCAAAAAUUCCUCAGGCACUGAAAUUCAACACAAGAUAUUUCAUGAACUUCACCCAGUAGACAAAG